AUGAGAGCCAGACUAUUACGCGCGUACGUAAGCUUUUUCUUUCUCCUGUGGAGGGCAUCUGCUUGGAACAUCACAAAUGUAAAGAACUACGUGGUGGACACUCUAUCUGCAACGUAUGAAUCGACUGUGAAUAAAUACUAUGGGUAUAAAAGCUUUCCUGCCGACAUUCGCUUUAAAACCCCGCAGAGUUUAUUUGAUGACAUCAUAGAAGACAGAAAGCCUGGGGCUAUUAAAAUUUCACUCGAACAUUCUGUGAAUAGCUACAGUACUGCUCUUUUGUCUUACACCAUUACCCCAAAUGAAGUCCGAGUGACUAUAUUCUGCAAGAAACAAACACCUGAUGAUGCGCAAGAAAUAUACAUGAAGGAGCUUCUUACAAUUCUCGAAACCAUAAGCACUAAAGAUAGUAUUAUAUCAAUUGCAAUUGAGGACAUACAUAUUUUUGGGGAGUUUAAUGCGCUUCCCAUAGAUAAUUUAUUGCUCCCAAAUGUUCUGUCGCUCAAGCUAACUGGCGUAACUUCCUGUAAUGACCCAAACGGGGUCAACUCAAUUCUUAAGUUUCUUGCACUUUUUCCAAAGUUAGAAGUUCUUGUGUUGAAUAAGUGCAACCUGCAGAUGCAAGAUGGGGUGCAUCCUAUUCAUUGUUUGAAGCUGCCUAUGAGAAUUAGCUCUCUUCGGAUAAUAGAUAGCAAGGGUGCUACUGAUGCAGAUAAUCUUCUUAAUAUUCUUCCUCUGUACUUUCUUAGGUUUUUAUGGCUUGACAACUCGCAUAUUACCUCGCUUAAUACUCUUUGCAAUAAUAUUCUGUAUAAGCAAGAAAAUAUGGAAGACAUUUGGAUAAAUAAUGAACAGCAUUUAGCUGAAAUUAAGUUUCAAUCAUCUAAACUCCGAGCUAAGCACCAGCUGAGCAUGUUUUCCAUUCGGAAUAUACGCAACCUUAGGAAAGAGAAUGUCGAUGUAGAUUUCACUCUUUUACCAAAUGAUUCUAGUAUCUACUUUCUAAUUGACGAAAUCACUUCUCCUGCUAAUAGUGCAGCAGAAAUUAGUUCUAUAUUAGAUAGGUAUAAUCCGAAUUAA